AUGGCGGAAGAGCAUAAGCACGAGGAAUCUGUGAUCGAUCCGGAGCCAGCUGUGGAGGUUGUGGAGAGGGAAUCGUUGAUGGACAAGAUAUCGGAGAAGAUCCACCACGGUGGUUCAUCUUCGUCAUCUUCAUCAUCGGAUGACGAGGACGACAAGAAGAAGAAGCACCAGAAGCCGUCUUCUCCGUCGUCGAUGCAGUCGAAGGUUUACCGCUUGUUCGGAAGGGAGAAGCCCGUGCAUAAGGUUCUCGGCGGUGGAAAGCCUGCUGAUAUAUUCAUGUGGAAGAACAAGAAGAUGUCAGGUGGUGUACUUGGUGGUGCUACAGCCGCCUGGGUUCUGUUCGAGUUGAUGGAAUACCACCUUCUCACUCUGCUCUGCCACGUGAUGAUUGUUGUUCUUGCUGUGUUGUUUCUAUGGUCUAAUGCCACCAUGUUCAUUAACAAGUCCACACCAAAGAUUCCUGAAGUCCACAUCCCUGAAGAGCCUAUUCUUCAGCUUGCGUCUGGGCUAAGAAUCGAGAUCAACCGUGCAUUCUCUUCUCUGAGGGAGAUUGCAUCUGAAAGGGACCUCAAGAAGUUCCUCUGUGCUAUUGCCGGAUUAUGGGUUCUAUCGAUCUUGGGUGGCUGGUUCAACUUCUUGACAUUGGCAUACAUAGCUCUUGUGCUGCUCUUCACGGUUCCACUUGCGUACGACAAGUAUGAAGACAAAGUCGACCCAUUAGGUGAGAAAGCAAUGAUCGAGCUCAAGAAGCAGUACGCAGUGUUGGACGAGAAGGUGUUGAGCAAGAUCCCAAUGGGCCCCUUGAAGAACAAGAAGAAAGAUUAG